UGCAAGAGUCUCCACGCUGGCUGCUUACGAAAGGUCGCAUCGACCGUGCCGAGCAGUCUCUGGUUCGCAUUUUGAGGAUUAAUCGAUGCCCUGUGCCUGACAUGACGCAGACAAUGAGCAGCCUCGUACUCUUGGCGAAAUCGGACUCAAAAAGGAGCACAACAUUUCACUUCGUGAAUUUCUUCAUAACGCCCAAAAUGCGCAGAAAUACGUCGAUUCUGUUCUCCAUUUGGUUCAUGGGCUCGUUUGUAUACUACAACUUGGUGUUCGCCUCGACGAGUGUGCCUGGCAACCCGUACCUCAACUACGCCAUCUCGUCGGCUGGCGAGAUCCCGGCCGCACUGCUGGGGCUGUGGGUGGCCCGAAAAUGGAGCCGUCGCCGUUCUCAGGCAUUGUUCCUGCUGCUUGCAGCACUCGCCCUAGUGCCGUUGCCCUUCCUGCCCCAGGGCAGUCCGAGCUGGUUGGAGAUCGGUUCGAACGUGCUCGUGCGCUUCCUGGUGCUGAGCGCGGGUUUCAUCAAAUGGAUCAUGGCACUCGAGCUUUUUCCGACGUCAGCCCGCAGCUUUGGCUUCGCCUGUGUGCUCACCUGCUCACGCUGCGGUGCCAUGGUGGCGCCUUUUCUGCGGGAUCUGGCAGAAGUCACGUAUCCAGCCAUUCAGUUUGUUUUCCCGGUGCUGUUUCUGCUCAUCUCUGCCAGUCUCAGCCUUCUCUUGCCAGAAACACUGAACAAGCCACUGCCUGACACUUUCAACGAUGCAGAGAGACUAGACAGGAAGAAAAUACCCGAGACAUCAGUGCCGCUCGCGGAGUACAAGCUGACAAGCACGAGUGCCUGACGUGGCAAACGUUGGACCAACGUCCGCGUUACGAGUUAUCAUCGUGCGCCGUGCAGGUGCAUGUAUCACAGUGUACCCUAGGACAGCUUGUCGAAGUGCAGAGCAGGGGAAUAA